AUGCUGAGCCCGGACCAGGCGCUGGACUCGGACCACCCGUCGUCGGCGCCGUCGGACCCGGAGUCCCUGGAGGCCAAAGGGCUUCGCAGCUGCUGCGCCUCGGACUUGGAGGCGCCCGACGGCGACGGGGCGGGAGGCGGCGAGGGUCGCCCGGGGCCGCACCCUCAGCAGCCGCUGAGCCGCGAGGAGAAGCGCCGCCGGCGCCGCGCCACCGCCAAGUACCGCUCGGCGCACGCCACCCGGGAGCGCAUCCGCGUCGAGGCCUUCAACUUGGCCUUCGCCGAGCUGCGCAAGCUGCUGCCCACGCUGCCGCCCGACAAGAAGCUCUCCAAGAUCGAGAUCCUGCGCCUGGCCAUCUGCUACAUCUCCUAUCUCAACCACGUCCUCGACGUGUAG